AUGCUAAGAGUUCAUCUAAGGGAGAUGUCAACUGCUAUUAACUAUUCCAAUGAGUUUGUUAGUUUUUUGAAUGCGUCUCAUUCACCAUAUCAUGCUGUUGAGAAUGUCAGACAACAUUUAUUAUCUCACGGUUUUGAAGAAUUAACAGAGCGUGGGAAUUGGGCUGGUAAAGUCCUACAUAAGGGUAAAUAUUUUGUUACUAGAAACAAUUCAUCUUUAAUUGGUUUUGUUGUCGGUAACAAAUGGGUCCCAGGCAAUCCUAUUGCCAUCACUGGUGCCCAUACCGAUUCUCCUGUUUUAAGAAUAAAACCAAUUUCCAAGAGAACCAAUGAAAAAUACAUGCAAGUUGGUAUCGAAUGUUAUGGUGGUGGUAUUUGGCACUCUUGGUUUGAUAGAGACUUGGGGCUAGCCGGAAGAGUCUUUGUCAACGAUAAGAACUCUGGAAAAUCCAUUUCCAAAUUGGUCGAUAUCAAUAGGCCUUUAUUAAAGAUACCAUCUCUGGCUAUCCAUUUAGACAGGUCUGUGAAUGAGAAAUUCCAGUUCAAUAAAGAAUCUCAGCUGCUUCCUGUUUUAGGUUUAGCCAAUGAGGAUAGCUGUGGUAAUGAAAAGUUAAAGCAGGAAUCUACAGAGGCCUUCAAUUCAAUCAAAUCAAUUGUAGAAAGACACCAUGAAGAUUUAUUAAAAUUGGUGGUGAAGGAACUUUCUUUAGAAUCUGUUAAUGAUAUCGUAGAUUUUGAAUUGAUUUUAUACGAUCAUGAUGCUGCUUGUCUUGGUGGUUUGAACAAUGAAUUCGUUUAUUCUGGAAGGUUAGACAACUUGACCUCGACUUUUACCUCAAUGCAUGGCUUAACUUUAGCAUCAGAAACUAAUAUUGAGAAUGAAGAAGGCAUCAGGCUAAUUUCUAUGUUUGAUCAUGAGGAAAUUGGUUCUUCCUCUGCUCAAGGUGCUGAUUCCAAUUUCUUACCAAAUAUUUUGGAAAGAUUGACCUCAUUGAAAUGUGAUGGAACCGAUGCCACUGAUCCCUCUCCAAGAUCUCUUAUUUUAGAAACCUCAGCAAAAUCAUUCUUCUUGUCCUCUGAUGUGGCUCAUGCUGUUCAUCCCAAUUAUGCCAGUAAGUAUGAAUCACAGCAUAAACCCCUUAUCGGUCAAGGACCAGUCAUCAAAAUUAAUGCGAACCAACGUUAUAUGACAAAUUCUCCAGGUAUGGUAUUAUUGAAAAAAAUCGCAGACAAAUGUGAAAUUCCUUUACAACUAUUUGUGGUUGCUAAUGAUUCUUCAUGUGGAUCUACUAUUGGUCCUAUCCUUGCUUCAAAGACUGGUAUAAGAACGUUAGAUAUCGGCAAUCCAAUUUUGAGUAUGCAUUCCAUUAGAGAAACUGGUGGUGCGCUAGAUAUCGACUAUCAAAUUCGGCUUUUCAAAGGAUUUUUCGAAAGUUAUAGCACUCUAGAAGGUGAGAUAAUUGUAUAA